AUGGAAGCGCAUGAUGGAAAAUGGGUGUAUCAGUCCUGUCCCAGCUCCAUUGCCAAGUGCCCACACUGUAUGAACCACAUUUUCCACAUCGGAUGUCUGGUAGUCGGAGUCGCUGGCGCUGUCUCCACAAACGCAGGCAUGCAGCCCAGAUCUUCCAUGGGGAUCUACUGGGGCUAUAUGAACAAAAAGAACAAGGUCAGACCUGUUAUCGGAGACCAUCAGACUGUCCAGGUGGCAGAGCUUAAGGCCUGUCUGGAAGCACUUAACCAGAUGAUCACUCUGCAUGCAACCUGGCAGAUUCGUCCUCCCAGGAAGAAUCCUGCCUGUCAUCCCCUGCACACUUUGAUCAUCAAGUCCGACUCUGAAUACAUGGUCAAGGGUAUCACCGAGUGGCUAUCCAAGUGGAAGGAGAAUGGCUGGAAGAACUGUAAGGGUCAGCCUGUUGCAAACAUGGAUCUGUGGCUUCUGAUUGAGUCCGCUCUGAAGCAGCUGGAGCUGGCAAUGGUCGUUCGUUUCUGGCUGGUUUCUCGGGAUCUGAACAGAUUUGCCAAUCACCUUGCGAUGUCCAUUCUGUGA